UAGCAGGAGGGUAGUCUCUGCCUCUGUCUGCCUUUCUCUCUUUCUCUCUCCUGCCUUCCUCCCCUCCCCCUUUGUACAGUUCACUGAAAUGUAUGCUGGGAAGCUGAAAUAGACACAUAGAGAGGGUUGCAAAAAUGGCUGCACCAUGAAAAAAAAACCAAAAUACAUUUGCAAUCCGGAGAAAGAAGGGCUUCUAAUCAAGUCUGAGCAGAUAGACGGCAGGGGUCGGCGAGUGGAGGGCCCUUAGGAAUUGGAUUUUGACUUUGUUUUUUUUAUUUGAUUAUUUUUUUCUACUGCUGGGAGAGAGGAGACAGAGGAGAGGAAGAGAGAGGAAGAGAGAGGGAAGAGCUGGCAGUGGAGCGGAGAGUGCAAAGGGGACAUACAAAAUCCACAGAAAGAACAAAAGAAAUUAAUGGAUAGAAAUUAUCCGACCGCUGGUUUUGGAGAUCCACUAGGGGCUGGUUCAGGAUGGAGCUACGAAAGGUCGGCAAAGGCAAGUUUGGUGUACGGAAGUUCAAGAGGCUCCCACCCAGACACAGACAUCCUACACAGACAGGCGUACGGAACACCUCACCCAUUACAGGGAUAUGCUACCAACCACCAUCCCGCAGGACUGUCUGGGUUGUUUGAGACUGGCCUCCAUCAUGCCAGCAGUGCCAAUCCAGAUGCUUCCGUCAUGAACCUCAUCUCUGCUCUAGAGUCUCGAGCCCCUCAGCCAGGACCUUCAGCUUCCUCCUUACUUUCACAGUUUCGCACACCAUCAUGGCAAACAGCCAUGCACACGCCGGCUCCGGCAGAACUCUUUAUAUCAGGAGCCGGUACAUUUCCAUCAUCCUCUGCUCUUUCUGCUUACCAACACCCAGCAUCGUUCAGUGGUAGAAGCUUUCCUGUAACCUCUUCCUUGACACUUCAAGAUGCAACAUUCAGUCCCACAUCAAAUGGACUCCUUUCUCCUCAUGACCCUCUCUUGCAUAUAAAGACAUCCCAGUCCUCGGUUCCCUCUUCCCUAAGUUUUGAUCGCCUUGGUAGCACUGUUUUGGGUACUGGAUUACCGUCCCAGAGCUCUGCCUAUCGCAGUGCCCAAGAAUCAGCUUCACGUCACCUUCCUUCUCAGUUCAACCUGCUUUCCUCCUCCCUGGGCCCCUCAGAUCAAACAUCCCAGCUCUAUAAUGCUUCAGUGUUUUCAAGCUCUCCAGCCUCAUCAAUUGAACGAGCCAUGCCCCGACAAGACAGCGUCAUUAAGCACUACCAGCGACCUUCCAGUGCCCAGUCUCAACUACCCUCAGCUGCAGCAGCUGCACACUCACUUCAGCAUUAUCUCAGCUGUGGAGGGAGUUACCAGCAGAUGCAACAUCGUUCCAGUUUGUCAUGCAGCCCUCUGGGGGACCAGUCACCGGUUAGCAGUGAGGGAUCACAACAAAAAAAUUCACAGGCACGACAAGAACAGUCUCAGAGCUACAGACCCAUAAUUCAGUCUCCUGGAUAUUCCACCUCGUCCUCUUCCAAUAAGUCAAAAAGCUACUCUGCUUCUAGGCAAACUCCCAGAUCCACUGCCACUCCAAAGUGCCAAAGCAUUGCCACCACUGGGCAGACACACAAUUACUCUUCCUCCACUCCAAAGCCCAGCUCUGUUAUAUCGAGCCAGUCUCAGGCUUACUCCCCAGGGCAGCCCCAAAAUCUUCUUUCCAUGACUCAGUCCCAAAACUAUGCUGUCACUCAGUCCCAGAACCUCUCUGCUGUGACUCAGUCACAAGGCUUUACAUCCAGCCAAGCCCAAGAUCUGACAAGUGGGAGCAAGUCACAGAGCUACACUACUAGCCAAUCACAAGGCUUGCAGACCUGUGUGAGUCAAAAUCAGACCUACUCCCCAGAGCAGUUGCAGGGAUUGUCAUCUGUGGGUCAAAUUCCAAGUUACAGUGUGCAGACUGAAUCUCAUGUGUCUGUCAGUCAAGCUCCAAGUUAUGUCCCCACUCAUUCACAAGGUUUACCAACUGCUAGCCCCUCCCUCAGCUACAGCACUGGCCAUUCCCCAGUAAUGUCUAGUCACUCACAGUCUAUUGGUUAUUCUUCAGUCGGCCAUUCCCAAAAUCUAUCUGAUUCUAGCCCCUCUCAGAUAAUCCGGCCCUUGCAGUCUCCAACAUCAAACCGUUCUCAAAGUGUGUCUUCACCUGGACAGUCCCAGAAAUAUCUAACAUCAGUCCUCUCACCUUCCUUCAUGCAAGCUUCCCAUUCACAAAGUUAUCAGAACUCCCAGCCACCCUUAGAAAGAACACCUUCCUACAGCAAACCAAAAUCCGACUCGGACCUUCUCUCCACAGAACGGACUGAUGAUGAAGACUUUCUUAUACAGCACCUCCUACAGUCACAAAGCCCUCCACGUGUGUCCUCUGAAAGUCUGGUGGAGUGUGAGGAAAGAUCAAGUAAAAAUCUGGGUUAUGAGAUGAGUAAGACUGAGGAAAGGUAUCACCUACAAAGUGUUAUAAGGACUAAUUCAAGCAUAGAUAACCAAGGGUUGGAGUUGUCUCUUCAAAGCUUAAAAGACAAGAAAAAAAGUGACCGUCAUAAGGAAUAUGCUAAUGCAAGGUCAACUCCUGAGUCCUUGGGGACAUCUGUUGUCCAUUACAGCCAUCAGACAGGUCCCAUGGAUUCCUAUUCUCAGGACAUCAAAAAGUCAGUGGAACAUCUUCCACACAUGGACACCUCAACUAAAGACUUGAAUUCGGCUCAUUCAUAUCUUCAAAAAACACCUGAGCAUGCAUCACAAGCCCAUAGAAUGGUAGCUGAGAGUCAGUCAAUGGAGACCCAUAGCAUGCUUCAAAGCCAGCAAGGCACUCCAUUGAUGAUGGAUACCUCUCCUGAUCUGCCUCUCUCUCUAACCCACCAGCCUACCACCCAGCAGUCACAACUCCUGCAGUCUGUUCUAACCCACACCCAGAGUCAGCUGCAGGCACAUCAGAGGAAAGUACAGACACCCAUGGAUGUGCGUCUUUUGGAGUCACAAAGGAUCCAAGCUGAAGCCCAAUCUCCACAGCUACAGAUGCAACUGCAGUCACACUCUUUGGAGGCUCAUUUACAGUCACAGCAAAUGCAAGCUCAUGUUCGCUCACAGUCUAUGGAGGUACAUUCACGUUCCCAGUCAAUGGAGGCACAGUUAAUGGAUUCACAUCAGAUUCAAACAGACCAGCAACCACCACAACUUCAGGCACAGUUGCAGUCGGAGCGCAUGCAAGCAGAGAUGCAGCCUGAAAGGAUGCAAGCAGCACUUCAGCCUGAGGGCAUGGAGGUACUUCCACAGAAUGAUACCAUGCAAGCUUUAUCAAGACCUCAAGAAAUACAGGACUUUCUGGAGCCUGACUUAAAUUUAGAGACCCAUCUGGGCCAGGCAAGCUCCGUCUCAUCUCAGCAGCACCUGAUGCCUGAUGGUGGAGAGGGUUUGCGCUUAGAUGGUGACUCUUCUCAGCAGGUACCUCAAACUCAAAUGGAACCUAAGGAUCAGUUUGACAGCCCAAGUCCUCAAGGAUCCAAGCAACGCUUUGUUCCUUUGACAUCCAUCUGCUUUCCUGAUUCUCUUUUGCAAGAUGAAGAAAGGAGCUUUUUCCCUGGAAUGGAAGAUAUGUUCUGCCCUCCUUCAUGUGGAAAUGAUGAGUAUCCUAAGUCUAGUUGUGGGGAUGAUGGCUCUCAGAGCAUGGACAGAAAUGAGGCAAUGAAGAACAGCUAUGAAAUGAUGCAGUCUAAUCAAAGUUAUUCAGGUUACUGCACAUCUGAAAGUAAUGACAAUCAACAAAAUGUCCACUUAGGUCUGGAUUCUGUAUCUGUUAAACAUGAGUUGCCAUCCACUGUAAAUACAGAACAACUAGGUCUUAUUCAGUCAAGUCAUACUCAGCAAAAUUCAGAAGUAAAACCUGGCUUGACAUCACCCAUCUUCUGUUCUUCCAAACCCAAAAAACUUCUAAAGACGUCAUCCUUUCACCUGCUGAAAAAAAGGGAACCCGCUUUCCAGCCUCCAAAGAAGAACUAUGCCCAGGAGUAUGAGUUUGAAGAUGAUGAAGAUAAGGAAGAUGUUCCUGCAGACAUUCGAUUAAACAGUCGUAGGCUACCUGAUCUUCUCCCAGAUCUUAUCUCUAGCUGUCGUACUCGACCCAACAUAAGCCCCAUGGGAGAUAUAGACUUUUGUCCUCCGCAUAUUGAUGGACCGAAGAGAAGAGGCCGAAAACCCACCAAACCAAAAAGAGAGGGUCCCCCACGGCCCAGAGGUAGACCAAGAAUUAGACCACUGGUAGAACCUCACCCAGUGGGGCAUGAUAGUAUUAGGAGACCUCGUGGCAGAGGAAGAGGGAGAGGCAGGAGAAUGGUAGAUGAUGGAAGAGAGCAUAUGGCUAUGGAGCCUUUAAAACCACUAAAGAUCAAACUGCAGGUGCCAAAAGGGAAUGAUACUUUGCAGAUGGAACAAGCUGAGAUGCUCCCUCCUCCCCAGGAAAAUGCAUUGGACAACAGCCAGACUCGGGAGAAGAUUAAGCAGAAGAUCAAGGAGGUUGAAGAAAAGCAGCCAGAAAUAAAAUCAGGCUUCAUGGCCUCAUUCCUGGAUUUUCUCAAAUCAGGCAAGAGGCAGCAGCUGCCCACCGCUUCCACAAGUCCCUCAAAGAACCGGCCACCAUCUGCACAACAAGCCUCUCAGGCUUCAUUUGGAAUGGCCUCUCAAAUGCUAUCUGGUACUCUAGACUCAGCAGAGAGCGAUAGCCUGGUGAUGAGUUGCACCAGCCCUGGCAAAAGGCUGGAUGAUGAGUUGAAGCGAAAUUUGGAAACUCUACCUUCUUUUUCUUCAGAUGAGGAGGAUUCAGUCAGCAAAAACCAAGAUCUGCAAAAGAGCAUCUCAUCGGCCAUCUCUGCUCUCUAUGAUCCGACAGACCGAAAGGAAGCAGAGAACACAGCACCCCCAGUGGUCGAGGAAAAAGUGUCCAGCCCCGUGCCAUCAGAACCUUCACCCGAGCAGGAGACGGCAGCCCCGGAAUCUCCACCAUCGCCCCAAGAAACACCUGCUCCACCACCACCCGAGGAACCCCCUGCCCAAUCCUCUCCAGAGCAGGAAGAACCUGAAGACUCCAGACCUCUUCAUCUUGCCAAGAAACAGGAGAGUGCUGCCAUCUGCGAAGAGACAGAUGAAGAAGAUGUUGAGAGUGGUGGUGAAGGCAUCUUCCGAGAAAGGGAUGAGUUUGUUAUUCGUGUGGAAGAUAUCCAGGCUCUAAAGUUGGCAUUACAAACCGGAAGGGAACCACCUCCUAUCUGGAGAGUCCAGAAAGCUUUGUUGCAAAAAUUUACUCCUGAGAUCAAAGACGGUCAAAGACAGUUCUGUGCCACAAGUAAUUAUCUGGGAUAUUUUGGCGAUGCCAAGAACAGGUACCAGCGCCUGUAUGUCAAAUUCCUGGAGAACGUCAACAAGAAGGACUAUGUCCGGGUGUGUUCUAAGAAGCCUUGGCACCGCCCCCUACAAACCAUGAGGAGGCAAAGUCAGACAAAGGCCCCUGGAGGUAAAAGUCCUGUUGUUGUUCCCAAGCUAGAAAAAAUGGAGAAACCUGAACGUUUGCCGAAGAUGGAAGCACUGGGCAGGCCAGAAAAGCCUGAAGCUUUAGAGAAGUCUGAGAGAGCAGAAAAGGCUGAGAGACCAGACACAUUAGAAGGAGAGGAGCCUUUUGAUAAAUCAGAGGUUCUUCCCAAAUUGGAAAAGUUUGUUUCUGAGGAAGGACAUGAACAACAAGAGCCUGGGAUGAAUUCAGUAAAGGAGGUGCCCCUAGAAGAUUUGGAGAAAGUAGAGGCCAUCGAAAAGGUAGAAAAGCCUGAGCCAGUGGCAAAGGUGGAGAAAUUAGAACCUGUGCAGAAGAGCGAGAUGGAAGAUACAGUGGCAAAAACAGUAAACAGUGAACCUUCGUUAAAGAAGGAAAAGACCGGACAAGGUACAAAGCAGGAAAAGACUGAACCAGCAGUUUUUAAAGGAAAGAUAGAACCAGUGGCCAAGGCAGGAAAGGCUGAUCAAAUUGUAAACCCUGAAAAAGCAGAAACGACAAUGAAGGCAGAAAAAACAGACAAUACUGUAAAACCAGAGAAGGGUACGUUUUCUGUAAGACAGGAAAAGCUAGAGUCUAGUGUGAAGGCUGAGAAAAACACCCCUGAUAAAUCUGAACCUAUCACCAAGCCAGAGAAUUUAGAAAUGAAAAAGGCACCAAAGGCUGAUUGUAUUGGAAAGUUAUCAUUGCCAGUUGAAAAGCCUGAAAAUGAAGAGGCAAUGGAUACACUAGAGAAUGAAUUAGAUGAUAAGCCUGUAAUAUCUGAGCAAAUCAGCCAAACAGAGCAAGCAGAACCAGUAGAACCAACCAUUACAACUGAGAAAAGUGAACCAACUGAACAGCUUGAGAAAGUGGAGGCAGAGAAGAUGCCUGAGCAAGAUGAAAAACAGGAAAAGGGCAUGCGAACUGAUAAAUUAGAAAAACCCAAUAAGGUGGAGAGGACAAACAAAGUUUCCAAGGUAGAUCGCUCAGAAAAGUCUGGCAAGGUAGACCGGCUUGAGAAAGCUUUCAAAGGUGAUCGACCAAACAAAACCUUAAAGGCAGAUCGUUCUGAAAAACGGGCAAAAGCUGAUCGUACAGAGAAGCCAACAAGGGUAGAUAAAAUGGAGAAAACAGUACGAGUAGACAAAACAGAAAAGGCAACCAAAAUGGAAAAAAUAGAGAAAGCCGCCAAGGUGGAAAGGUCUUCUAAGAUGGUCAGAACAGAAAGGCCUUCAAAGAUGGAUAAACCAGAAAGGCCUGAAAAAAUGCCCAGGUUAGAAAAGAUCGAAAAGUCACCAAAGCUUGAAAAAGUGACCAAGAAUGAUAAAAUAGAAAAGCCAGAAAAGUCACCACGAGCAGAGAAGGAGAAAAUGGAAAGACAUGUUCGAAUGGAAAGAGUAGAUAAGGUAGAGCCAUCCCCAAAAGCUGCUUUGAAGCCAAAGCACAAACAGGCGAAAGUGAAAGCAGAGCCCCCACCCAAAAAGAGGAAAAAAUGGCUUAAGGAGGUUGCAUCAUCCUCUGAUUCAGACUCUUCUCCUGACCAGCAGAGUGAGGAAGAACGUGUUCCUGUAGGGCGAGUAUUAAACACGCGAGCUAUGAAAGAGAUGUUCCGGAGUUACAUUGAAAUGCUGGUCAGCACGGCUUUGGACCCUGACAUGAUCCAAGCAUUAGAAGACACUAGUGAUGAACUUUACCUUCCACCCAUGAGAAAAAUUGACGGCAUUGUAAAUGAGCACAAGAAGAAAGUGCUAAAGAAGAUUUCUCUCAGUUCAUCAUUUCAGGAGGCAAUACACAUGUUCCCUCAGCUUAACAGUGAGCCAGGAGAACCUACAACCAGAAUGAAACCCGGGGGAGAACCUUAUAACCGCAAAACACUCAACAAAUUAAAAAAGAAUGUAGCCAAACCACAGGAGUUUAAGGUGGAUGCCGAGAAGUCACUUUUUUACACUCUGUACCAUUCCCUGCAUCACUACAAGUAUCACACCUUCCUCCGUUGCAAGCAAGAGACCAACGCAAUAGAAGAACAGAAUGACGACCUGGGACAGGAGGAGGUGGUGCAGCAAUGCAUGAGGAACCAGCCAUGGCUUGAAAAACUCUUCAACUCCUUCAUCGACCUCCUCACGCAAUCGCAGAACAAGUGCGCGUGAACGAGUGGCUGAGAGGAACAGAACAGAAUAAACAAGACAAUGGGAAUUUAGAUUGCAAAAGAAAAAAAAAAAACAGACUGAAAAAAAGAUGAACAAGUGAGAGACAUGCCAGGCAGAAAACGCAAAGCCAUUGGCCUAGGCAAUGAUUAGGGGGACUGGAUGAUGUAAGUCUUGCAGGCCUCAGCUUGACUUUGCAGGCCGUGGAAUAGUGAAGAUUCUUUGAAUCAAAGUGGUUCUCUUCUGUCUUCUUCCUCUGUUCUCUACCCUCCCCUCCCCGAAAAAAAAACAGGGGGGGGACUUUGCUAGCUGUAUGUGGUCAUUUUAUUUUCCCCAGUUUUUCUCCACUCUCCAUGCCAUCCCGUCAUGCCGCAAAGAAGGAUCUCGUGACUGCAGUCUCCUCGGAUCCGCUUCCAGUGACUGACGUAUUCUGACAGGAGCAGAGAAGGGGGGCUUGGACCCCUCAUUAUUUAUUGGGAAGCAUGUGUGUAAAUGUGUUACGUGUGUGUGUGUCUGUGUAUGGAUGGAUGGAUCCAGAUUCCCUAUUACUUUGCCAUUUUUAUGUAUUCUUGUUUUGGAUUAACAAACCUUUUCACGAAAUGCACCUAAAAUACAGGUAUCUGACAUGCAACUGAAGCUUGCUCACACCUAUAAAUCCUAUAAAUAUAGGUGAUUGUCUCCAGUUCAGGGUCUUAACUGCAUCAGCGUUCAUAACUGUUUUCCUUCAUAGGCAUAUCUUUUAGACCAGCUGCUAGAGGGGCCCUUUAAUUGGGCAAAGCCCUUUAUCCUGGACUGACUGUUUUGCCUAAGCAGUGAUUUAGGGGACUGGGUGACAUAAGUCUUGUAGGCCUCAGCCUGACUUUGUAGGCCGUGGAAUAUCGAAGAUUCGAAUUAGAGCCACAUUAGGAAAACUUGGAUCCUUAAUGACCAAGGCACUCCUUAAUGAUUAAGGCACAUGUUGGUACUUGGGUCAGGGUGCCCAGGUCCGGACUGGCAAUCUGUGGCAGGGCUGGAACUAGGAGUAGGCAGAGUAGGCACGUGCCUAGGGCGCAAAGCUGGAGGGGCGCCAGGCACACACCUUCUCUGCCUCUGCUAUCCCCCAGUCCGGUCCCUGCACUGGCCGACGUAUGCGUGUGCGCGAAAAAUAUUAGUGCGCAUGCGCGAAAAACGGAAGUGCGCAUGCGCACUCAUAUUUUUUCGUGCAUACGCACUCAGGUAUUGGGCGCUUUGCCGGGCCAGGCUGCCUGGGGCGCCUGCCCUCAUUGGCCCGGCACUGAUCUGUGGGUUCUGGCAAAUGCCAGAGUGACUGCUGCAAGAUGCCAUAGACAAUUUAUUGGGCUGGUAGGGCCUCUGUGUAUCGGAAAUGCCAGGACCUAUUUUGAAUUUCAGUCCAGACCUUACAGUGCCAUUUCAGUUCAUGUUGGUUGCAAAAGAAAAGGGUAUUUACUCCGCAACUGCAUCAACACAACAAGCUUCUCCUGCAGAGUGGGUGCCUUAAAGGAGAAGCAAACCCAAAAGUUAAAGUCUUUACUUACCCCUCGGUGCAGAAUCUGUCCGGCGGAGUUGACUGGCGCCAUCUUCUUCUCUUCGGUAAUCUUCAGAAUGAGACCGGGGGAGUGGCGCAUGCGCAGUUGGAGCAAUUUUCUGAUUUGCGACGAAAAUUGCUGAGGCACCAGUCUCAUUCCGAAAAUUACCGAAUCGGCUGAAGAUUGCGCCCCGUGAACUCCGAUGCCUGAAUCUGCACGGAGGGGUAAGUAAAAAAUUAGGGGCAUUUGCCCAGGGUAACACUAAGGCUGGGGGGAGAAGGGAGGAGGGUCUAUGUAGGGUAGGCGGUAGGUUUUUUUUUUUUUAACUUUUGGGUUUGCUUCUCCUUUAAGUCUUCUGAAUGCACCUUUCCCAUCCACUCUUCAGUGACAGGCUUCAGAUUAUUUAUUACGAUGCAUAAAAUACAAAGCUGCUUAGCCACUUGCCAAUGUAACCCACAAUAAAGCUUUGUUAAUCCAAUAUCAGAGGUUUUUUUUUUUUUUACAGUUUACUGUAUGUGUUUUUAUGUGUAUUAUGUGCUACACCCUCCAACGUAGAUAUAGCAAACUAGUAUCACUUGCUGUUAGAAUCUAGAAAUGGCAUAUAUUGGCCCCUGUCUGUAAGCUGCAUGUUUUAUAUGAGCGGCGCCUAACAUCUGGCCCAUCCAUUGUUAUUCUACAGCUCCGCGGCGUUAGAGUACGUCUACAGGUUGUAGUUCAACGAUACUGGGAGGUGCCUUUCUUAAUAGCGCUGAUGUCAUUUUAGAGUUGCUGAUUUUUUCAGUAGCAGUGAGGUUUGUUUUAUUUUUUUAUUUACUUUUUAACCACAGUCUGCCAUCACUGGUUCCAUUUGCAUUGAAAAAAAAAAAUCCUUACGCAUGUACUUUCUCCGGAGACGGAUGCAACUUUCCAACUUUGUUCAAGUUCCACGUUCAGUCAUAGAGUCCGAAUUAGUUAUGGAUUCUUCCUCGGUGGGCAGGAAAGGGGUGGUAAGACUGCUACCUGAAAAAAAAAAAAAAAAAAGUUAGAGGGCAAAGAAGAAAAAAAAGCUAGUUAUUUUUUUAAAAAUCAUCUUCGAACAUUAUUUAAGCAUUAUGGCAUAAAAAAUGUGUAUCUUUUUUUUUUUAAUUAUUAUUAUACUUGGCGUAGAUGAAAUUUUAAACCAUAUUUUCCCAAGUAUGUUGAAAGGAAGAAUUUAUUGGAGGAAAUGAACCACGCGAGUGUUUUUGUUUAUUUUUUUUUUCCUUUUUUUAAUUGACUGUAUAUAUUGUAUAGGAGAAAAAAAAAAAAUCUAUGUACAAUAUUGUAUUUGACUAUAUCUAAUUGAUAAUGAUGAUACUGUUGCCUAGAUGUGAAGUGUUCAGUUUAACUGAACUUGGAUUAGUAUUUUGCUCAGAAAAAAAAAAAACGCGAAUCAAAAAAAAAAAAGAAAAAAUAUGUUAAAAAAAAAAUUGAGGCAUGAGACAAGAACUUCUUUUCUCUCCUCUUUCCCACAACUUUGGGGUUUUUGCUUUUUUUUUUACAUUUCAUGAAAAAUAACAAACCAAGCUAGAAAAGUGUAACCUACUAUCAUGCGCGCAUGAGUUUCUCUUUACUUGCUUAUCGCCUAAGCUUUUUGUGUUUCAGCAAUGUCAUGUAGCUUCCCUUGCAGGAGAUGAUGGGGUUUUUUGUGCACUAUGAUUAAACUUAACAUUUGUUACCAAAAUGGGGAAAAUAUUUUCUCUUUGGGGAAAAAAAAAGCCACUUUUCUAUUUCCAAAAAACGUCAUUUAUGUUCAGAUAACGGUUAUCAAAGUUACCUAGCAGGUCGCUUGUGACGUCGCUGAAUAUUGUUACAUCUUAGUGUGUAAUGCCUGAAAUCAUUUAUAUAUAUAUAUAUAUAUAUAUAUAUAUAUAUAUAUAUAUAUAUAUAUAUAUAUAUAUAUAUAUAUAUAUAUAUAUAUUACUACAUCUCUUCUGUACCCAGCAGUGGCUCCUGUAGCUCCAACAUUUUCUUUUGUGCUGUACUUUUUUUUGUUAAUUCUCAAGUGUCAUUUCCUUGCAAAAAAUUGCAGUGUCUUGGUACAAAAACAAGCCUGUCUGUACGUCCGCCUCGCAUGGAUACCAGGAUAAGGGGAGUGAGCAAAAUUGUUUGCAGUAGGCAGUCAGUGUGUACUUGGCACUUACACAGCGCUGAACCUUGAAGCAAAUAAUCUCAUAAUCCUCAUAUGGUUGUGGUUCCUUGACUUUAGCUACCUCUUCUGGUCACAUGUUGCAGCUAUGGAAAGUUGUUAGAAAUCGGGAUCAUCCAAUUCAUCGUUGUUUGCGGUGAGCGAGAUGUUAUAUAAUACGUAAAGGCUCUUCUGCUGUUAUUUAGAAUAAUUGGUUGGCUGUUUUCUCCGUAGGGUUUAGCGAACCAACUGGAUGGUUCUCUGCUUAUGUAUCUGGUGCAUUUCUGUUUAUUAUCUUGCUCAAGUCAUGUAGUCCUAAUAGAAGAAUUGAGAGCCUUUUACCCCUGCAGAAGUUUUGGCUUCCACUCAUGUCCUACCAAUAAACACCAUGGCCAUUAGGGUUUGCAUUAUGUACUAGACAAUGGGUUGUCUAUAUUUUCCAUAGGCUGCAACAAAGGCCUGAUAACUGAAAGAUCGAUAGUGGUGAACAUUUACAUGCAAGCAAAGAUUAAAAAGACCAAUAAUGGCAAGCAUUGACAUCUAAUAAAAUUGUAGGCCUACCCCACAUCUUUAAGACCAAUAAUGGUGAACAAUGACAGCCCCAUAAAGGGGUCUACCUUUUGAUUGUAUGUCAAUGUUCAUCAUUAUUGGUCUUUCUAGUCUUCGGUAUAAAACGCGUUGCAGUGUAAUGAUAAGCUUUAGAAGGGUAUAGUCUUCAGUAAUAUAUUACAAUUCCACUCCACUUUCUUGGCUUCUUCCCAAGACUUGUUAAUUGUAAUCAUGUUUUGAGUCUCAAUCAUAAAGGACAAUAUGACUGCUGUUUUUUUGUGACUUUCUGAUAAGUUAGAAAUUAAUGCUGAACAUUCACAUAAAAUUAAAGGUAGUACCCAAAAAGCAGCCAAUCCUAGAUAAGAAAGACCAAUCAAGGUGAACACUGACAUAUAAUUAAAGGUAGGCCCCAUAAAUUCUCCAAAAUCUUUCAUGCAGUAUUACAUUGAUUUUAAGAAUGUAGAGUCUUUAAAUUAAGCUUAUAGACAACCGUCAGGCAUUUUUCUUUUCUUUCGGAUGAUUCCUAACUACAAUGCAAAGUAAAGUUGGAUUAAGGGACACCAUUGCUAAAAUAUAAGCUGCUCCUUUGUAAAAGAGGAUACCAAAUCUAUACUCAUAAAUGUAAUAAAACAAACAUAACUUUAUUCUUGCACAGUGUACACACAUCUAAAGCAGUAUUCUGCUUGAGGCAUAUUCCUUUGCACUCUGUAGUAAAGCUAUUGAUAAAACAAAGUUGGAACUGGUUGGAUGAGAUCUCACAUUUAUGGUGAACCUCAACAGAUAUUGCUCUGCUCCACUUUUGCUCUUUGUGUCCUUUUUUUUUUAAAGAAUUCAAAAUAUCAGUUUGUUUCAAUGAAGACUUCAUCCCUUG